AUGCCGCCUCGCCGGUCGCAUACCAAGUCUCGCGCCGGAUGUCGCAGGUGCAAGAUCCGGAAGAUCAAGUGCGACGAGGUUCAUCCGCGAUGCGGACACUGCGUCAAGCAUGGCGUGGCCUGUGACUUUGAGAGAGGCCGCUCUCUCGGUCAUCUCGCCGCCGCGCCGUCCCUCGAAGCGGCCGAUGACGACCAGCCUUCGCCGGCGCCCACGUCCACGCCGACGCCGACGCCGACGCCUACCUCGACGCCGACGCUCAGCGUCCCCAAAGCUGCCUCGCCGCGACAGUCUCCCAGCCUAAUCCCCGCGACGCCCGUCAUGCCGCACCUGCAGCCGCCGCCGCAGCCUCUGCCCCGGACGGAGACGGAGGUGCCGUCGCAACCGCCGCCGCAACCGCCCGUGGCCGCCGAUGCCAUCAUCACCCCCGCGCCGCGCCAGGAAGAUAGGCUCAUGGAGUUUCGUCUGCUUCAUCACUUCACCACGAGCACCGCCGAGACCCUCUCCACCCAGUCCACCGCUGCCGAGGAUAUCUGGAAACGCGUUGUGCCGCAGAUGGCCUUCCGCGAGGGCAGGACGUACCUGCUCGACGCCAUCCUCUCCGUCGCCGCCUUGCAUCUGCGCACCCAGCACCCGGACGACAAGCCGCUCGUGCAAGCCUCCCACGUCUACGCCGCUUCCACCCUGACCGAGUAUCGCAUCUCGCUCGGCCGCGGCAUCACGGCCGAAAACGCCGAAUCACUCUUCCUCACCGCGUCCCUCAUCGCCUUUCAGCUGACGGCGUCUCGGAUAUUCUUCAGCAAGGACGACUACGACGCGAGCAGCGUCGACGCCAGCCGGUACGCCUUGCCGAUGCCCUGGUUUCACGCCUUCCAGGGCGUCAAGACGAUUGUCGCCACCUCGUGGCAGUGGAUCCGACACAGCGACAUCGUCCGCGCCGUCAUCGAUUCCCAGCCGAGCUUCCAGCUGGACCUGAACCCGCUGGCCGCCGACUCCUUCUUCGGCCACCUCCUCGAAGGCGUCGACGAGGAGCUCGCGGCCGAGAGUCGGGAGCAGGUCUUGGCCACGAGCCAAGGCUACUCUCACGCCGUCAGCGUCCUCAACUGGGCGCACAAGAUGAGGUUUGCACCUGCCGCCCUCGCCUUUCCCGCCAGUGUCUCUCGCCGCUUCAUCGACCUCGUCGAGGAGAGGCGACCUCGAGCCCUCGCCAUACUCGCCUGCUUCUUCGCCCUGCUGAAGCGCAUGGACAACGUGUGGUGGCUGGAUGAUGUGUCUCGCCGAGAAGUCAUGGGACUUGUCAGCCUGUUCGAGAGGGGCUCGGGCUGGUGGAAGCACCUGGAGUGGCCGGUGCGGAUAGCCCUGUGGGAUGGCAACACCAUACCGUCGGAUGUCUGGGGUGCCGAGUGCAACGAGGAGCCGCAGGCGGACAACAGCUUGGUCGAGACGAUGAUGAACCACAUCGACCUGCUGACGAAGCUGGCAAGCCAAGCCCAGACAAGCCCGAUAGACGUGGACGGGGACUUUGGUCUUGUUGCGGCCCCUCUCGACUGA